AUGGAUCGCCGACAACAGUUGCUGUGAAGGUCAUGCAUACUGUUCACGAUCCCGACCUGCGGAGACAGCUAUUUGCCGAGCUGCAGAACAUUUGCCCGAAGUUGCAAGCGAAGCCCUGCAGGAACAUUGCGAAGAUUUUCGAUGUUCUCUACAACAAGGACGGAGAUCGGUUAUUCAUUGUGUUGGAAUUCUGCAACGUUGGCUCGCUGGACAGGGUGAUCAAGACCUGUGGGCCGGCACCUGAGGCGAUGCUCUCAGUUAUCGUUAGACAGCUCUUCUUUGGGCUCUCGUACCUUUUCGAGGCAGGGAUACAGCAUCGGGACAUCAAACCGGCCAACAUUCUCAUGAACAGCAAGGGGGAAGUGAAGAUCACAGACUUCGGCUCGAGCAAGGCAGAUGUGAAGUCAGAGACGUUCUGCGGAACGACGAGAUACAUGUCACCGGAGCGGCUCAACGGGAAUACAUACGGCUGGCAGGCAGACGUGUGGGCGGCUGGCGUCGUCAUGCUUGAGGCUGGAAUGGGAAAACAUCCUUAUCAGGCCGUCUACGGCGAGGACUGCAGUUUUGUCGCAAUGCUGGAGUACACACAGAAGCCAAUGCCACAACUUGGCGAGAACUACUCUGAAUCCGCAAGAAAUUUCGCAAGCCUCUGCGUCGUAGAGAAUCCUAUGUUGCGACCGAGCCCUGUUCAGCUUCUCCCGGGAGGAGAGUCAGAUCUUUCGUGCGCCCAUCCCUUCAUUGCAGAGCAUUCGAGUCUUACCAGCAUCAGCUUGCUUCCUUACAUAUCGAGAGCGAUGAGCGGGAUGUGACAAAGGCAUCGGCAACAAGGAAUUUGUACAUUAAUCUACUGAGGGAGGAGGGGGCAGGCAAAUUCAACAGCUCUUCCUC